UGUAGCCGGCGGUUGAUGAACUGAUAGAGUAGAAGGCGGAGAGAGAGUGGAGAAGAAGUGGAAAAUGAAGGCGUUGGGAUGGUGGCUGAUCGUGGUUGGCACGCUCCGAUUAGCCUCCGUGUGGUUCGGUUUCUUCGACAUCUGGGCUCUCCGACUCGCCGUCUUCUCCAAAACCACCAUGACUGAAAUUCAUGGACGCACAUUUGGAACUUGGACACUGUUGACCUGCACCCUGUGCUAUCUAUGUGCAUUCAAUCUUGAAAAUAAGCCUCUUUACCUGGCUACUUUGUUGUCAUUCUUCUAUGCAUUGGGUCAUUUUUUGACCGAAUACCUAAUUUAUCAAACAAUGGAAUUUUCAAAUCUCACAACUGUCGGUAUAUUUGCAGGAACAUCGAUUGUAUGGAUGCUAUUGCAAUGGAAUAAUCACCAGAAAGUCCGGUUGAAGCCCUCUAAGAGAAAGGCUUAGCAAGCAAAAACAGUUGGGUAAUUGGGCUGUAUAUUGGAUUCUGUUAAAAACAGAGAGACGUGGCUCUAACUAUCUUACCCUUCUACUUGAUUUUUUUAUUAGAUGUCAUUUCAAGUCACGAUUGAGUUCUGCUUCCUGUUGCUGGGUCACAAAAUUGAUGGCCUUGUUGAAAUGAUGUUGCCUUUUGGAUGCAGUGCUUUUACAUGUUUAUCAAAACACAAGUCAUUAUUGGCUUUGUAUUGUAACGUAGAUUUUGACACUACUUGGUUUUGAAGAGAUAAAUUCUAGCCCUUAUUAUUUUCAA